UUUACAUUCGUAGAAGGAAAAAGGCGGGUGCUUAAAGUUUGAACUUUAAAAUUCGGUUUUUUUGGUUCACUCUUUCUUCCAGCCUUCGCUCGCCAUUUUCAUGAAGCUCUUCUUCAAUCGCCAUUGCAGCUCUCUCACCUCCUUCAAUCUGCAAAAAACUACCAACCCAUCUGCCAAACAGUCCCAAAUUCUCCAACUUUGCAAGUCCGGCGAGCUUUUCGAAGCGUUUGGAGUUCUGAACUCCAUUGAUUCCGGCCAAAUCACCGUCCAACCGGUUCUAUAUGCUUCUCUUCUUCAAACUUGCACUAAAGCUGUUUCCUUUAAAAGUGGCCUCCAAAUCCAUGCUCAUGUCAUUAAGUCUGGUCUCGACACUGAUAGGUUCGUAGGGAAUAGCUUGCUUGCUCUUUAUUUCAAACUGGGUUCCAAUUUUUCGGAGACUCGAAUACUUUUCGAUGGCCUUUUUGUCAAGGAUGUGAUUUCUUGGACCUCAAUGAUAACUGGAUAUAUUCGGGCUGGAAAACCCAGCAAUUCGAUUGAAUUGUUUUGGAAUAUGGUGGGUUCUGGGGUUGAGCCAAAUGGGUUCACUUUAUCUGCAGUGAUUAAGGCGUGUUCCGAGCUUGGGGAUUUGAGGCUAGGUUGGUGUUUUCAUGCACUUGUUGUGACGCGAGGGUUCUGUUCGAAUCAUGUAAUUGCUAGUGCUUUGAUUGACAUGUAUGGGAGAAAUCACGGUGUAAAUGGUGCACGCCAAUUAUUUGAUGAGUUGCCUGAACCAGAUGCUAUAUGUUGGACAUCUGUUAUUUCAGCAAUGACGAGGAAUGAUUUGUUCGAGCAAGCUUUGGCCUUCUUUUGUUUGAUGCAGAGAAAUCAAGGGUUGUCCCCGGAUGGUUUUACACUUGGAGCGGUAUUGACUGCUUGUGGUAAUUUGGGGAGGCUGAAACAGGGUAAAGAAGUUCAUGCUAAGGUCAUCACUUCUGGGCUCUGUGGAAAUGUGGUUGUUGAGAGUAGCGUGGUUGACAUGUACGGGAAGUCUGGGUCUGUUGAUGAAGCUCGACGUGUUUUUGAUGGGAUGACCAUAAAGAACUCGGUUUCUUGGUCUGUUUUGUUGGGAGUGUACUGCCAAAAUGGAUAUCAUGAAUCUGUUAUUGAGAUUUUCAGGGAAAUGGAAGAGGCUGACCUCUACUGUUUUGGAACUGUUCUUCGUGCAUGUGCAGGUUUGGCAGCUGUAAGACAGGGGAAAGAGGUUCACUGCCAAUAUGUGAGGAGGAGUGGUUGGAGAGACGUUAUAGUAGAAUCAGCUUUAGUUGAUCUUUAUGCAAAAUGUGGUUGUAUAGAUUUUGCACGUAGAGUUUUUAUACAUAUGCAGGUUAGAAAUUUGAUAACUUGGAACUCAAUGAUUUGCGGGUUUGCUCAGAAUGGAAGUGGUAGAGAAGCUCUUGAAAUAUUUAAUGAGAUGAUUGCAGAGGGAAUUAAACCUGACUAUAUAAGUUUUAUUGGGGUUCUUUUUGCUUGUAGCCAUACUGGUUUGGUUGAUCAAGGAAGAAAAUAUUUCUACUCAAUGACAGCAGAAUAUGGAAUAAAAGCUAGUAUUGAACAUUAUAAUUGCAUGGUUGAUCUUCUGGGGCGUGCUGGGCUACUAGAAGAAGCUGAGUAUUUGAUAGAGAACGCAGAUUGUAGAGAUGAUUCAUCUCUUUGGGCAGUUCUUCUAGGUGCAUGCACAACCUGUACAGACUCUAUUACUGCUGAGCGCAUAGCUAAAAAAAUGAUGAGACUGGAACCUAAGUACCACCUGAGCUAUGUUCUUUUAGCUAAUGUCUAUAGAGCUGUAGGCCGAUGGAAUGAUGCCUUAAAGAUUAGGAAGCUGAUGAAAGAUAGGGGGGUUAUGAAGAUGCCAGGUAAGAGCUGGAUUGAGACUAAUAGUAAAUUGGAUUCUCAUCUUGGUGCUGGUUAUUUGUAUGUUCCUGGAAAAAUCAAUUUUCCGAGUAUAAGGGAUACUGGGUGAUUAUCUCACUGAGACAGUUUCAAUCAAUUGACUGUCAAACCAUUUUCAAGGCUGGAGAAAAACCUUCACCAAAGAACGACAUUAAUCUUCCUCUCCCUUGCAGAUUACUAAUAGAUUUCCCGACCCAUACAUGGAUCAAAGUAUUGAUUAUGAAGAACCCACGGAGGCCAUUUUCUCACCGAGAACAGAACUCACAGGUGGCUCUCGAAACGGUAGUGGAAUUCCUUGAUAUGAAGAAUUGUCAUCAAACUUGUCCUCCAGUUUCAGAACCGGUAUAAUUUUGCAAGACAAGUUGCAAAUUUCAUCUCUUGACUAACCAACUUGCGAGUCAAGUACAAACAAUCAAGAUUGACAUCAGCUUUCAUGACAGUUUCACAGGACUCAUGUGCCAAAACAUGCAUACCCACCAUGGAGAAAACAGAGGAGAUGAUGGCUUGCCAAGAAUAAGGCUUACCUUCCUGGUAAGAUAACUUUAGCUGUGUUACUGCUUCAAUUGAAAUACCUCCCUUCUUUAAUACAGUAAAUAACACUAUAAAGGCCCAGCUGUCAGGCAACAGUUUCUGAGUUACCAUCUUGUGCGAUAAUUCACUGCACUCACGUAUCUGCCCAUUAGAAGCAUAACAUGCCAUUACCUUGUUAAAUGAAGCACAAUCCCUUACCGAACUUGAUUCUUUCAUUUUCCACUAAAUUGAUGGCUUCAUCAAGCAUGCCCAUGCUCUUGUAAAGAUAUAUCAUGGUUGCAUAUGAAACCUCAUUUGCCAUUCUCUUCUCCCUCAAAUUAUUAAAAACAAGUUUGGCUUCAGCGACCAUCCCAAGAUCUGCAUAGAGAUCAAGCAUACUGUUGGACGCGACAAUAUCUAUACCACCUUCUAAAUUUUUCAUCCUCUCAUACAGCAACUUUGCCCCAUGCAAGCACCCCACCUUUCUAUAAGCCUUCAUCAGGGAUGUAACACUAUUUAAUUCACAGAAAUCCCAGAUUCUUCCAUCUGGUGAAAAUACUCAAAUGCUUCUUAAACUCUGCCAGAUUCUGCAGAUCCAUUGAUCAAAGACCCAUGCACAACUUCAUUCGGUUUUACUCCAGUGGUUUCCAUUUCUUUGUGCACAUCUACUGUUUCAGAUAGUUGGCCUAGAUGAGCAUAGCAUGCAACAAGAGCGGAGAAAGUUAAAAACACUGUGGUUUAAAACCCUUUCUCUGCAUUUCAGCUAGAAGGGCCUUUGCUUGGUCUACUAAAUCACCUCUUAAUAACAUCUGAAUGACAGAAGUAUAAGUGCACUGAUCAGGUGACGUUCCAUGAUUUCUCUUGCUCUUGAAGAGAGAGAAAGAUUUAUCAUUAAAGCUUUGCCUUGCCAUAAGCCUUGAUCAUGACAAUCUAUUCAACGACAUUCCUUUUCUGUUCAACCAUAUCAUUUUUCCUACAGAACACGACCUCAGCUUCAGCCGAAAGUCCCUUUUCAGCAAAAGCAUCUAUAAUUGCAGCAUAUGCCUUUGAUGAAAAUCCACCAUUUACCUGGCAUUUCCGAAGAAAUAACUUUGCUUUCAAGCAUCCCUUCGUUAAUAUACAUCUCACUGACAUCAGGAACAGAAUGCUCAUCAAUCUACGCACGAGAUUUCUCCAUUUCUUUAAUCACAGGCUCCACAUCUUGAACUUUGUGCUUCUGGCAACGUAUAUGAAGAACGUUUCUGUGAGUUACAACAUUGGGAUAAAGACCCACCUCUUGUAUCUUCCUAUAGCACUUGAGAGCAGCAUCUAUAUUGCCCACAUCAGCAUACAGAGAUAAAAAGAUGCUAUAAGUCUUUGUAUAAGGAGUUAUUCCCCUUUCUUCCAUCUUAGUAGGCAAAGCUUCUGCCUCUGGCAAAUGGCCAUGCCUUCCACAAGUAAAGAUCAUAGUAUUGAAAGUUAUGGCACCUAUUGCCUCCCCAGACUUCAACAUUUCUUCAAGUACAUCGGUUGCAUCCUUCAGACGCCCUGCUUUCUCAUACAAAUCAAUCAGAGUAUUGUAUGUAGAUGUAAGUCUAUAUUUCCAAAUGGAAUUUUGUGUGUGUGUGGAGAAGCCAUAUCCCACCUGUCUUGAAAAGCUCAGUGGACAAGAAAUGCUUAAAACUGUAGAUGCUGAGCCAGACCCAUUGACAGAAUCAACCAUGGAAUCCAAAUCAAGAUCAUCCAGCUCAGUCUGCCCUAUACGCCUCCAUACCUCUUUUUCUUACCGUUCUUACUAUUAUUAUUAUUAUUAUUAUUUUCCUUUUCUUCCAGUUUCCAAUUAUAUAAUUUAUUUUCAUAACAUUUUUUUUUCUUUGCAUAUAGAAUGUAUUUGGAAUUAUCGUUUUCAUUUCCUGAGGUAUAGAUCUGGAGCAUUCACGUUAGAUUUUCUGUUUCCUUAUGUUGUGGUUCGGAGUUUGGAAAUAUGCAACUGCAAGAUGCAGGAUUCGUGGCGGACUCAGAGGCCCAACCAACAAUGUGGGACAUGCUUCUCAAAAACAAAAACCGAAACCGACUGAUCAAUAUUCAGUAGGUUUUGAAUCUUAUGAUCAGUUUUUAAAAGCUGAAUAAUGAUAAAAACCAAUCGAUAAACUGAAUUUGUUCAUUGAUUGUAUGUAUUAGAAAUUCUUUUAUCAAGACGUUCUGAUAAAAAAUUUUAUGUGGACUUGAUGCUUAUUUAAUUAAAGAUAUGCUGCUAUUUCAAACUAGCCACCCAUG